GGCGGCUGAGGCGACUGAGGCGGCGGGCGGAGCGGCAGGCGGCGGCGGCGGCGCGGCGGCGGAGCGCAGCAUCAUGGCGGACCGAGACAGCGGCAGCGAGCAGGGUGGUGCGGCGCUGGGCUCGGGCGGCUCCCUGGGGCACCCGGGCUCGGGCUCGGGCUCCGGCGGGGGCGGUGGUGGCGGCGGGGGCGGCGGCGGCAGUGGCGGCGGCGGCGGCGGGGCCCCGGGGGGGCUGCAGCACGAGACGCAGGAGCUGGCCUCCAAGCGGGUGGACAUCCAGAACAAGCGCUUCUACCUGGACGUGAAACAGAACGCCAAGGGCCGCUUCCUGAAGAUCGCUGAGGUGGGCGCGGGCGGCAACAAGAGCCGCCUCACUCUCUCCAUGUCAGUGGCCGUGGAGUUCCGCGACUACCUGGGCGACUUCAUCGAGCACUACGCGCAGCUGGGCCCCAGCCAGCCGCCCGACCUGGCCCAGGCGCAGGACGAGCCGCGCCGGGCGCUCAAGAGCGAGUUCCUGGUGCGCGAGAACCGCAAGUACUACAUGGAUCUCAAGGAGAACCAGCGCGGCCGCUUCCUGCGCAUCCGCCAGACGGUCAACCGGGGGCCCGGCCUGGGCUCCACGCAGGGCCAGACCAUUGCGCUGCCCGCACAGGGGCUCAUCGAGUUCCGCGACGCUCUGGCCAAGCUCAUCGAUGACUACGGAGUGGAGGAGGAGCCGGCCGAGCUGCCCGAGGGCACCUCCUUGACUGUGGACAACAAGCGCUUCUUCUUCGAUGUGGGCUCCAACAAGUACGGCGUGUUUAUGCGAGUGAGCGAGGUGAAGCCCACCUACCGCAACUCCAUCACCGUGCCCUACAAGGUGUGGGCCAAGUUCGGACACACCUUCUGCAAGUACUCGGAGGAGAUGAAGAAGAUUCAAGAGAAGCAGAGGGAGAAGCGAGCUGCCUGUGAGCAGCUCCACCAGCAGCAGCAGCAGCAGCAGGAGGAGACCGCCGCUGCCACCCUGUUGCUGCAGGGUGAGGAAGAAGGGGAAGAAGAUUGAUCAAACUGAAUGGAAAAAACCCACACACACAUGCAUACACACACACACACAGCCACACACAGAAAAUAUACUGUAAAGAAAGAGAGAAAAUAAAAAGUAAAAAAGUAAAAAAAAAAAAAAAAAAAAAGAAGUAACUGUUAACUCCAAGGGAGCACCACCCACAGAACCUCCACCAACUGACAGUUUCUCUUCUUGACUUGCCACCCAUCGCUGGAUGUUGUCCACUUUAUCCACCAUAUAAAACAGUAAGCAGCUGCUAAAAACAAAAAAACAAAAAAAAUACAAAAAGUAAUAACAUUAUAUGAACUGUGUUUCCUACUUGAUUAAAAAAUAUAAAGAACUGAGUGUUUAUUUCCCUAAUUAACCAAGAACUUUUGUACACGUUUAAGCUAUUAUUAUUAAAAGUGUUUGCAAAAUGGUCAAGAUUAUAAUAUUGCUGAAUUAUAUAAAAGUCCUUUUCAUGUUGAGCUAACAUUUGACUUUAGCACAAAAAAGAGAUAUUUUAGAACACGUAAAAUAAUAUUUUUAGUUUUUCUCAUUUUGUUACCAAAUUUCAAACCUUACAUGGAGGUUAUUAUAGUAUAUUUGACACCCUAUAUACCUGUGAUUAGAGAUGUGUAUAUAUAUGAGGGCUAGGCAUGCUGUGUGUCUGAGCUUUGUCUAAAUGUUAUGCAGAAGUUUGUAGAGUUAAAGGUACGUAGGUUUAAUUCAUGCAAGGUAAACAAUAAGUGCUCUCUUUUAUACAAUAUGCAUUGCAUCUGGACCUUAAACAUAUAAAAAUGGUCAGUGAAACUUCUGUGAACAUGAAGAAAUUAUUAAAAAAGGCAUUUAAAUGAAAUUUGCUAAGUUGUGAUUUUUACGGUUGGAACCAAAGUUAUUCAAAUAGUAAAAGGAAAAAGAGAUAGAAAGAUAAAGGAAAUCUCCCAUAAUAUUUUUCUGCAUCUGUUUGCUUUGACUGAGUAGGUGUUUUGUCAUUAUUGUGUAUAUGAGAUGUAUCGUUCAUAAUAUAUUUUUUUUAUUAUGUGUAGAAAGAUUUUAAAAACUUAACUAACGUGCAGCAAUUUCCAGUGAACCUGUACUUGGACAUCAGGUAGCGAGUCUAUUUGUGGUCACUAGCACUGUCUCCUAAACUAGUAAGAGGUCUGAAGCUAUUCUUUGAUUUUUGCCAGUGCUAUUAACUUAUGUAGACCUGUUAAAAAGCAGAGCAACACAAUUAUAGUUAUCCUACUGAGCCAUGGAUUCUGAGUUUCAUUUUAAAAGUGAAAGACAAGUUGGUAUGUGUAAAGGAUUUCCAUGUAGCUGUGGUGCUAGUUAUUACUGGCUACAUUAUAUGCUAAAUGUAUUUGUGUUCCCCAAGUGUAUAAGCCUUCUAUCAAAAGUAUGUCCUAUAACUCAUAUAUUCAAGGUGUAGGGUAUGAAAAUGCAAAGCUUAGGAGAGCACUUUACCAAGCUGGUGUCCUCCAAACUGAAAUUGUUUGUAACGAUAGUCUUUUACAGGUUUUCAUUUAAAGAUGUUUGUGUGCUUUUAAUUGACAACUAACUUCUUGCUGCUGUAUAGUAAAAUAUUAAUAUAUUUUUAUCAUUAAACUGCUGCAUGACUAUCAUCUUUGAGUGAAGAGAAAAUGUUAUAAAAAAAGAUGCCUUAAACAGUACAUUUUGGUUUGGAAUUCUGUAGAAAGUAUUUUGGUUAAAAAAAAAAAAAGGAUCUUGUCUGAUAUAGAGAGUUCUGGGGAUGGAAUUGUUUCUUGGCAAAUCCAGCCAUAUAGAUCUUACUGCUGUAUGUAGAAGACACCACCUGUAGGAGCUGGAAGGUAUCAGUGCUUCUCACAUUGUAAAGCAUUGGCCUAGGAAGGUGAAACAGUUGUCUUUUUGAAGGAUUUUUUUUUUUCUGCUGGUUCUUUGGGUUUUGAUUUGAUAUUUUAAGCUCCCUGGUUGAGUGUGUUGUCUUUGUUUUUGAGAUCUACUGUAUGUGUUGAAUAACAAGCUAUUUCCAUUGUACUGUGCAUUUUCCCAUUAAAUUGUUUGCUUUUAAUAUUCAUACAAUGUUAAAUAUGAGGUGACCGUACAAUAGUUAGGAAUUUCUUUACUUACAAAAAUCACUGGAAAUGAUUAAAUUGCUUUUCCCCUUCCCCCAAGGUGCAUUUUUCUUAUUUCCAUAUAGUAAAGUUGAGCUUUUACAGUGCAUAAUGUGACAUUUGGAAUGCUUAUCAACUGCAUGUAAACAUUAAUAACCUGCACUUUUUUGUCUUAAGGUUUGUUGAGCUGUUUUGUUCACUGUACUUUUACUGUGAUAUGGAAAAGACUGCAUUCUCUGUGCUGUUACUAGUUAGGAAAGAGAAUUGCUUUGAUUUUGUCUCUUGUUUACUAUAGCUUUUUAAAGUUAAGCCUUGUACUACAGGUUGUUGGAGUACGCCUAGAUCAGUGUUUCAUAGUAGCCAGCAAUAAGUAGUGCAAGUCAACAAAAACACAGCAAACUUAGGCAAAGUGUCCUUUCUUUGAGAUGCGAGUUCUUUCAUGAGGUUUUCUUUAGGGUCAGAGUUACCUUAAAGUGAAGCCUUUCUUACCUACAGACUUCAGAUUCUGCUUGGAAUCCUACCGGAUCAAUAAGCACAUGUAUUGUGCAAUUGUCUUUACACUUUAACAGUUAAACACAAUCUUACUAAGAUUUUGAAACCAGUGUCUGAUUUAUGGUCAGUGGGUUUAAAAAGAAAUCCACAUGCAAAUCUUUUAAGACUUAAGAGAUGAUCUUAGAAAAGACUAAGUGACUGUAAAGAUGCUCUUUUUUGCAUCUCACUUUACCUCCCCAAGCACCCUCCCAACCCUCCCUUCCCUCUACUGUUUCAUCCUUCCCUCACCCUUCCUCCCAGGUGCUCGGUACUUUACCAAGGUUCUAUAUCUCAGUGUUUUAUGUUGGAGUUUUUCCUUGUUUUUAUUUUACUAGUUGGUAAACCCUGUUUGUGCUGAAAUGAAAAAGGAGAUGGUAUAUUUGACCAUAUGUGUUAUUCAUAGAAGACAGUAUGAUCAAAUGUGCCAAAAACAAGCAAACAAAACUUAAUUCCUGACAAGUAUGCCUUAUUUUUAAUGAUCUGCUUUGUCUUACGAUUAAGGUCCAAGAGCUUGGUUAAACUAUAUUAUUUGCCUAAGUAUAAAAGAAAACUUGAAAUGCAUUGCAAUAUUGACAUUCUUUAAAAUGAGAGACACUGUCAAGUAAUUUAAUCUGAGAUCAGCCACCAGAUUUGAAAUGCCCAUAUAUGUGUGUGUGUUUGGUGUUGUUCGUUUUUUUUUCUUUUAAAUCACCAAAUCUUUUUUUAAGCUACUUUUUAUUUGUGCCUCCUAUUUAUCAUGCUGAUGUUAGAAGCAGCAGUCAUCCAGCCACAGAGGGAGCUAAAGUUAACUAUCCAGAACUGUAGAAAUCAUUAUACAUGCCUUUGACAACAAAGGAAGUUCAUAAGAAAAGCCAUGUCGGCUUUUCCUCUACUAGAUACAGAUUGAAGGUAGAUGAAUAUUUGCCAAAUGGAAAGGAGAGACAAUGUGAGUCAGGAAAGACAAACUUUCCCAGCUUCCUAAAAGCCAUGGAGAGUAGAAACCAAAACCAACAGGGAAAUAAAAACCUUGAAAGUCUCACUUUCUAGUCCCAUGCAGGGGUUGAAAUUUGACUCAAAGUGGAAAAUAUAUUGAUAGGUUUUUUAUGUCUUCACAUCUAGAGAUGGGUAACUAUUCCAAUUUGAUUUUUCAGGUAAUGGAGAAAGCUGCUAGUAAUUUUAACCCCUGCCUAAAGAAGACAGAUAAUUUCAUUUGGGAGCAAAUACUUAUUGCCUUGAAAAAUAGCACUGUAAUAGCCUAUGAUAAUUAGUUGUAGAAUAACCUUUAUCCCUUUUAAACUAUGCAAAUUAUUAAAUAAGUGUAAAUUAGGACUCAAUUAAAGAUAGUUGAUUAUAUUGCAAUCAGAUGGCAUUCACAAACUUAACUGGAGCAUAUACAAAUGAAAUCUAUUAGUCUAAGAGUUUUGUAUGCUAACAGAAAAAUAUAAUUUAGCUACCUAUUCUAAAAAUGGUGAAUAUUAUUAAUAUUGUAUAAUAGGACUGGGAAGACUGCCUCCUUUUUUGAAGAGAGAGAGAUUAAGGAUUUUUAUAAUUGUUUUUCAUCAAAUUUUAAUAUUUUUGUCAAAUUUUUAGGUAUUUAAUUUGUAAAACAGUUUGCUUUGUACUGGCAUACAGAAAAUAGGGUAUUGAUUUUAAACUUUUUGAAGCCAAGUGAUCAAGUACAUUUGUAAUAAAAGUCAA